GUCUACUGGAGGGCUCACGCCCCCCUUCUUACGUACAUUGACCGGGGGAGCUUCUAGGAGGGGUUGUUUACUGACGAAAGCGAAAAGUUAGGCACGUAGAACACUUAACAGGUCUUUUUGGUUUUGGAAAACAGUUCACCGCUGCAAACGGCAGUCACGGUUGCUGACUGGAGAGCAAGAGCGCGCGGGGAAGCGUGAUCAACAAUGGGGAGCAUUUCUGUUGAAACAACAGCCACUACGGGGGAGCCGGCGCUGGGCUGGCAAGAAGCUCUACCGAGUUUUAAGCCAGGAGCCGAACCGAACCAUCUCGAGGUCCGCUCUGUAAAACGAGAUUACCACCACAGGGUUUUUGUCAACCGGAGUCUAACUUUGGAAAAUAUCAGAUGCUAUGGCUUUGACAUGGACUACACUCUGGCCAUGUACAAGUCCCCGGACUACGAGGAGCUGGGAUACGAGCUGCUGAUGGAACGGCUGGUGAGCAUCGGCUACCCCCACGAGCUGCUGCAGUACAAGUACAACCCCAGCUUCCCAACACGCGGCCUGGUGUUCGACAACUCCUUCGGUAACCUGCUGAAGGUGGACUCCCAUGGCAACAUCCUAAUCUGUGUGCACGGGUUCAGAUUUCUCAAAGGAGAGCAGAUCGAGGACUAUUACCCGAACAGGUUCAUCCAGAGAUACAACACUGAACGAUUCUAUAUCCUCAACACACUCUUCAACCUCUCAGAAACCUACCUGUACGCCUGUCUCGUUGACUUUUUCACCAACUGCUCCAGAUAUGUAAACUGGCAGACGGGAUACAAACACGGCGACCUCUUCAUGUCCUUCAAAAGCAUGUUCCAGGACGUGCGUGACGCCAUGGACUACAUGCACGAGACCGGCACUUUGAAGGAGAAGACGCUGCGGAACAUGGAGAAGUACAUUGUCAGAGAUGAACGUCUCCCGCUCCUCCUCAGUCGAAUCAAAGAGGUGGCCAAAGUGUUCCUGGCUACCAACAGUGACUACAGCUACACAGAGGCCAUCAUGGAAUACCUGUUAGACUUCCCUCAGUUCCACAAGCCCGGGACACCCAAGCGCUCUUGGCGCUCCUACUUCGACCUGAUCGUCGUGGAUACCAGGAAGCCUUUGUUCUUUGCUGGUGGGACUGUGCUGAGGCAGGUGGACACGGACACAGGGAAGCUGAGAAUUGGGACAUACACAGGGGGUCUAAAGCACGGGACAGUGUACUCCGGAGGUUCCUCGGACAUGGUGUGUGAUCUCCUGGACGUGAAGGGUAAGGACAUCCUGUACGUGGGGGACCACAUUUUCGGGGACAUCCUGAAGUCGAAGAAGCGGCAGGGCUGGAAGACGUGCCUGGUGGUGCCAGAGCUGGCGAAGGAGCUGCAGGUGUGGACGGAGAAUAGCUAUCUGUUUGAGGAGCUGAAGAACCUCGAUAUUUAUUUAGCCAAGAUGUACAAGCACCUGGACAGUGGCAGCAAGGUGUGUCCAGACAUCAACACCAUCCAGGCAGAGAUCAAGAAGCUCACGCGGGGGAUGGACAUGUGCUACGGAAUGAUGGGGAGUCUGAUGCGCUGCGGCUCGCGCCAGACGCUCUUCGCCAGUCAGCUGAUGCGCUACGCCGACCUGUACACCGAGUCCUGCCUCAGCCUGCUCUACUACCCCUUCAACUACCUGUUCAGAGCCCCGCCCCUGCUGAUGCCCCAUGAGUCCGCUCUGGAACACUGUCCGCUCGACCUCAACUUGUCUGAACUGUCCGUGGCCAACCAUGUACUGAAGGUCACAGAUGCCAAGGAGGAAGUAGAAAGCAGUGACAGGAAAUGACACGAGCAUGGAGGUGGCGCCCAUCAGUGUUCUGUAGACCGUGUCUGCGUGUGUUUGUGUCUGCAGAAACAGAAUGAAACUGUGGGUGUGAGAGAGAGAGAGGGAGAGAGAGAGAGAGAGAGAGAAAGACAGCUUUCCAGCAUCCCACAGAUCGUCUCCAUCAUCAGCAAUGUGCAGAGUGUGGGGGGGGGGGGGGGGUGGGGUGAUGUACACACAGCCCAUAAUGUCCUGCGUUUCCCUGGGGACGUACGGGUGCCUGUGCACACGAUGCGCAGGUUUUUUUAUAGAGUAGCUUGAUUUCAACGCAUAACUCAGUUAAAAUUAAUUGAAAUAGUGACCAAUACUUUUUUUUUUUUUAAAUGGUCGUUCCACAUUUUGUUGCUACGUUUCUGUCUGGCCAGUUCUAUCGCCUCAAAUAUUAUCUUUUUUUUCUCUGUUUUGGGACUGAACUCACCUGUGUAGCAUUAGCCAGAUUUAAGUGUGUUCAUUAGUGAAUAACGAACUUCAUGUAUAAUUCUGAGGUUUGAAUACAUAGAAGAGUCGCUGAUUGUCAGAGAUUGACCUCUUCCUGUUGCCUUGGCGAUGCUGUGUAUGCAUCCCACUCAUUCAGGUCAUACUGAGCGUGACGACCAGCCCACACGCAUGUGCGUCAGCGCACCAAUGGCAGCACCUCACCCUCAGAUCAGAGCCUGUCCGUACAGGGACACGAGCAGGCUGCUCUUCAUGACCUUAUGAGGAUGUCAGGUCACAGAAAUGAUUGGGUUUGUGUUAGGGUUAGGGUUAGGGUUCGGGUUAGGGUUAGGGUUAACCCAGAAAUAGAUUCCACCCUCUCUCUUGCCUACUCCUGACCUAAUGUGGGUUGUUCAUAAACUCAUGAAAAUGUAAAAUAGUUCAGUAAUGUAGGUUAUGUUUGUCCUCACUACCACUACACUCUCUAUUGGGCACUUCCAUUGCAGUUAAGUGUGCAUUCUGUUGGAGUGUUACAUAUUUAUUUCCCUUUAACAGUCCAUUCACACAUCCACCAUCAUCGCCCGUCAUAGUAUUUAGUGAGUGCGUGUGUGCGUUUUAUCUGUGGGAGUUUCAGUUUAAAAGUAUAGUUUUUUUUAUUUAUUUUGCCUUUCAUGAAAUGAGCCAUUCCCCCAGAUUGGUUUUCUUCUGUGAGGCAUCUCAUGUGAAGAUUGGUUGGGUGGUGGGCGGCACGUUGUGGGGGUGCUGACUCAUUGGUAGUUUGGCAGCGCAUUAGUUUGGGGGCGGAACCGUAGAUUAGAAUGUGCUGUUCUCCUCCAGAUCAGGGGGUCUUCAGUGUGGCGCAUGAGUCAUUUGGCGGAAACCAUUCAUACCGUUUCGCGACAGCCUUUGAAGGUAAACGCCAGUCAAAACGGAAACGUUUGACCCUGUGCCUUGGUUACCGUGGUGACAGCUGCUGCCUGUGACUGGCUUGUUUUAAGUUUCAGUUUGUGUGCAAAAGAAACUCAAGCAGCUGCAUUAGAACGUCAUAAAUGUAGAAGCCGUGCUACUCAUUCCACAGUCAUUUAAGGAAUUUAAAUGAUUUCUGAUGGUAAAAUGUUCUGGCCACCAAUAUUAUGAUGAAAAAGCAGAUCAGUUAAAAACAUGAAGAUCUCCCUUUAAUAUCACAUUGUCCUAAAUGCCUUUAUUAUAUGUGGACUGAGUGCAUUGAAAUUGUGGCCAUAUUGUGGUUAAGCAGCAUUUGCAUUUUUUGUGGUGCAGUAGGUACUGUAGGUUUGUAUUGUUCAUUUAGAUGUCAGUUGUUUAUCAAAGCAGUAAACAGGAAAUAAGUUUCUGUUAGAGGACAUUUUCUUUUUUAACUACAGCAGUUAUGAUUGGAUGCUGUCCUGUCCCUGUGGGUUGGUGUGUCAGUUAUGAUUGGAUGCUGAUCCUGUCACUGUGGGUUGGUGUGUCAGUUAUGAUUGGAUGCUGAUUCUGUCGCUGUGGGUGGGUGUGUCAGUUAAGAUUGGAUACUGAUUCUGUCGCUGUGGGUGGAUGUGUCAGUUAUGAUUGGAUGCUGAUCCUGUCGCUGUGGGUGGAUGUGUCAGUUAUGAUUGGAUGC